CACAUGUGACACGCCUUCGCCGCGCGACUGACUGCUUUUUAUUUUUUGUGUGCGCUGUACGUGUGACGUCAGCGUUUGAGGAGAAGAGGGCGGGGCCGAAUCCCUGGUGUGCAGCUGGCGCUGGAUGAAUAGUUUGCAAGUGGAGGGGAAGGAGGAGGAGGCGGUGUCCGUCCGCUUUGUGUUAGUCCUGUCACUCGCAGGUUUUGGUGGAUUUCACGGCACUAGAGAUUUGAAUUUAUUUUAAGCUAUCUAAUGGGGGCGCUCCUUUCCAGAUGGAAGGCAAAGCCUUCUACGGUUGAAGUUUUGGAGAAAAUGGAAAAGGAAAUUCAGUCGUUAGAAGAGUUUCAGGAAAAGAACCAGAAACUGCGGAAGAUUUGGAUUGCAAGAUUACUUUUCUAUUCUACAUUAUUAUAUUUUCUUACAUGCUUUAUUGUUUACCUGUGGUACCUUCCUGAUGGGUUAACGGCAAGGCUGCUAAUAAUUAUUCCCUUUCUGCUAUUCCCUGUAAUAAUAUGGUUUACUAGAACGCUGCUGAUUGUGUGGUUUUCAAAGCGUACAGAAAGAAAUAAUGAUGCACUUGAAGACUUGAAAGCACAAAAGAAAAAAAUACUCGAGGAGGUUAUGGAAAAAGAAACCUACAAAGCAGCUAAACUGAUCCUUGAAAGGUUUGAUCCAGAUUCCAAGAAAAUCAAGGAACUUGAACCUCCUGCUGGUGUACCUAUCACUCCAAGACCUGGCCAAGAUCUGCGCCAGAGGACGGCAGCUCAAAGAAAUGUAAGUGUGUCUACCCCAGUAAACACAAGCCAGGGAACUCCCCAAGUUCCUGGGAUGUUGGCGGCAACUCCAGGUCUUCAAAGAGACACUUCAGCUCCUGGUGGACCCCCUGAGCGGACCGUUCAGCCAGGAUUACAGUCAGGCCUCGUACCAAGACGCCCUGGAACGCCUGCCGCUGCAGUAUCUGGAAUGGCUCUCCAUCCACCAGGACCCCCACUAGCAAGACCAAUUCUUCCACGGGAGAGGGGAGCUGUCGAUAGAGUUAUUGAAUACCUAGUUGGUGAUGGACCUCAGAACAGAUACGCCUUGAUUUGUCAGCAAUGUUUUUCUCACAAUGGGAUGGCACUAAAGGAAGAGUUUGAGUAUGUUGCUUUCAGGUGUGCAUACUGUUUUUUCUUAAAUCCUGCAAGAAAAACACGCCCACAAGCUCCACGACUUCAGGAAUUAAAUCUUGAGCGAAAGCUAACAUCUGACUCGCAGAGUUCAACUAGUAUGUUGCAGGCUGCCACUGAAGAAUUGGAAAAUCAGACUUCCUCAGAUCCAUCAGAUGCAGAAGAAUCCCCAGAUGCAGAAGAAACCCCAGAUGUCAUUGGCAAGGAGGAAGAGAAACCCAUGGAAGAGUUACCUGCUGACACUAUAAAAGAGACUCAAGCUUUGCCUGAAGUUGUGCCACCCACUAGUGUUAAUGAGAGUGAAGAGUCUUUCAUGGAGACUGAGUGAAUGUGUCAUGUGCCUGAUUUAGCUUAUGGCAGCUUAGACCUCACAAGUUUUUUUUUUCUUGUGAAAUUACACUUAUGACAACUCUAGCUAGAUCUGCCUCACACCUACAAUAAUGUGCCAUGUCUAUGGGUCAUCCGUAUAGCACUUGGGGAAUGUAUACUUGAUAUUUAACCUUCUUUCACACUAGAAUUGCCCUAGAUGUCUUUUGGCCUAGUACCAAGCAUUGACUAGGCAUCCAUAGCAGAAUAUUUUAUUGUUGAUUUGAGUAUUUUAAGGUUGGGUGUUUGAAGGUUUAUUUAUUUUACAUGUAGCUGUAAGAAAAGAGGGUUUAGGUAAAUACAUUUUGUACCAAGAAUAUUUAUAUAUUAAACUGCUGAUAUGUGUGAUGUGUCUGGAUGGUGAAUGGACCACGGUUGGUACCUUUUUUUUUUAAGUGUGUCUGCAAACAUCAAACCCAUCUCCACAGGUUUUUUAUUUUUUAUUUUUUUUCAUUUCUUAGUGAGGAAUACACACAAUAGUAUUUUUGGCACCUACUUAGGCAAAUGUCUUGAUGUGAUUCUGUAAUUCAUGUACAGACCCGGCUACAUUUGUUUGGUCCAUGUUUACAUUAAAUAACAUAGGAAGAGCUUGUAUUGUACUUGAAUGCUGAGCUAUAUUUAUAUAUUUACAGUACACCAGUGGUACACAUGCUGAUAAACGUGCCUUGCGUGUUGUUGUUUUUGUUGAAUGUAAAUAAAGUUUGAUUUAAUGUA